GCAGAUAAGACCAGCAGUUAGGGCCCGCUCUCUCCUCCCAGUCUCUGGUUCUCGCAGCCCCAGCCCCACGCUUUGGAAGCAUGUCUGUCCAAGAGAACGCUCUACCCCAGCAGCUCUGGCCAUGGAUCUUUAAGUCCCAAAAAGACUUAGCAAAGUCUGCCUUAAGUGGGGCUCCAGGAGGGCCAGCAGGAUACCUGCGGCGUGCCAGUGUGGCUCAGUUGACCCAGGAGCUGGGCACUGCCUUCUUCCAGCAACAACAACUGCCCGCAGCUAUGGCAGACACCUUUCUGGAACACCUCUGCCUUCUGGACAUUGACUCAGAGCCGGUAGCCGCCCGAAGCACCAGCAUCAUCGCCACCAUCGGCCCAGCCUCACGCUCUGUGGAGCGCCUCAAGGAGAUGAUCAAGGCAGGGAUGAAUAUUGCACGACUCAACUUCUCCCACGGCUCCCAUGAGUACCAUGCACAGUCCAUCGCCAACAUCCGGGAGGCGGCUGAGAGCUUUGCAACCUCCCCACUCAGCUACAGGCCUGUGGCCAUCGCCCUGGACACCAAGGGACCCGAGAUACGCACCGGAGUCCUGCAGGGGGGUCCAGAGUCAGAGGUGGAAAUCGUGAAGGGUUCACAGGUGCUGGUGACUGUGGAUCCAAAGUUCCAGACAAGGUGCGAUGCAAAGACGGUGUGGGUGGACUACCACAAUAUCACCCGGGUCGUUGCAGUGGGGGGCCGCAUCUACAUUGACGACGGGCUCAUCUCCUUAGUGGUGCGGAAAAUCGGCCCCGAGGGACUGGUGACCGAAGUGGAGCACGGUGGCAUCUUGGGCAGCAGGAAGGGUGUGAACCUGCCAAACGCAGAGGUGGACCUGCCUGGGCUGUCUGAGCAAGAUCUUUUGGAUCUGCGCUUCGGGGUGGAACACAGUGUGGACAUCGUCUUUGCCUCCUUUGUACGGAAAGCCAGUGACGUGGUGGCAGUCCGGGAUGCCCUGGGGCCAGAAGGACAGGGCAUCAAAAUUAUCAGCAAAAUCGAGAACCAUGAAGGCGUGAAGAAGUUUGAUGAAAUUCUAGAAGUAAGUGAUGGCAUCAUGGUGGCACGGGGUGACCUGGGCAUCGAGAUCCCGGCAGAGAAGGUUUUCUUGGCUCAGAAGAUGAUGAUUGGACGCUGCAACCUGGCCGGCAAGCCCGUCGUGUGUGCCACACAGAUGUUGGAGAGCAUGAUCACUAAGGCUCGACCAACUCGGGCGGAGACGAGCGAUGUGGCCAAUGCCGUGUUGGAUGGGGCUGACUGUAUCAUGCUGUCUGGGGAGACCGCCAAGGGCAGUUUCCCUGUGGAGGCCGUAAAGAUGCAGCAUGCGAUUGCUCGGGAGGCGGAGGCUGCUGUGUACCACCGCCAGUUGUUUGAGGAGCUACGCCGGGCAGCGCCGCUGAGCCGUGACCCAACUGAAGUCACUGCAAUUGGAGCCGUGGAGGCUUCCUUCAAGUGCUGUGCGGCAGCCAUCAUUGUACUGACCAAGACUGGCCGCUCAGCUCAGCUUCUGUCUCGCUACCGACCUCGGGCCGCUGUCAUCGCUGUGACUCGCUCUGCCCAGGCUGCCCGACAGGUGCACCUGUCCCGAGGAGUCUUCCCCUUGCUCUACCGUGAGCCUCCAGAGGCCGUCUGGGCGGAUGAUGUGGAUCGAAGAGUCCAGUUUGGCAUUGAAAGCGGAAAGCUCCGUGGCUUCCUCCGUGUUGGUGAUCUGGUGAUUGUGGUGACAGGCUGGAGACCUGGCUCCGGCUUUACCAACAUUAUGCGGGUGCUGAGCAUCUCCUGAAACGCCUCUCCCCUUUCUGACCUAGUUGCGCCCCAUUUCUUUCAACCCGCACCCCUCCCACAGUCCGACAUCUGCCAUCCUGGUGCUUCACACAGGCCCCGAAUGUCUGUGUCCAAUUAUACACUGGCCACCCAGCAGCAUCAAUUGUAUAUCCCUGUCUCGAUCCGCUCAGCUGGACUCUAAGAUGCCCUGAGCCUUUAAUCCCAGCCCAGCUGGUUAAUUCGAUUCCUCCCGGGUCCCGAUCAUUAGAACGGGGGGAGUGAAAACAUGGUGAUCUUUUCCAAUUGCCAUUAUUUUAAAACACUCUGUCCUCUGAUAGAACUCUCAGGACCAGUUCCCUAGCAAAGUGGCGUAUCCUGAUGGCCUCAAGUCAGGGCACAGUACUCCUUCAAGGCCCAGCUCCACGCUUUAGGGAUGGCUGGGGUAGAUGGGUGCUGGAGAGAACUAAGCCAGGCUGGCUUUUUUUUUUUUUUUUAAAUACAAGGUCUCUCUGUAUAGCUCUGGCUGGCCUCAAACUCCUAGAAAUCCUCCUGCCUGAGCCUCCUAAGGGUAGGACCACAGGCAUGAGCGACCAGCUGGACUUUAGGUAGUCUUAUUUUCUUACCGACUCCACAAACCAUGGAGCUGAGCUUACAAGCCAUUAAUCUGGCUGGUCUCCUGCCCACUGAGCUGCUGGGUCAGGUGAUCCAGAAAUUCUUCCACAACCACCUUGUUCCCACAUACAGAUCAAAAGCAAAAAUGAAUCUUUUCUUUUAAACCCAA